CAGACCUUACUUUGUACUCCUUCACUCUCUGAGUUCAGCUCUUCCAUUCCAUCAUCACAUUCCCACAUUGAAGCUCUACAAAGUUUCACUUCCCCUGCGCUUCCACCCAGCCCAGCCAUGGCGGUCUUCCAGAGCACCAUCCUCCUGCUCCUGUUGGCUCUCACUCCCCUAUCACUAGCCACCAACACCUCCUCCUCACAUUCACCCGCCAUGAACAGCUCCACCUCAACCCCCACCGCCUCCUCCUCCAAAUACCAAAUUGAGUGCACCGUGUGCUCUGCCUGCGACAACCCUUGUGGCAAAGUCCCCCCGCCGCCGGUGCCGCCCUCUCUGCCUCCACCGAGCUCCGGCGGGUCCUACUACUACCCUCCUCCUCCUCCGCCAUCCCAGCCCUCCUACAAGUACUAUCCCCCGCCGCCGUCGCAGCCCUCCUACAAGUACUAUCCCCCGCCCCCAUAUGGCGGAGGCGGGUACUACUAUUACCCUCCGCCCAAUUACCAGAACUACCCGGGGCCGCCCCCGCCGAACCCGAUCGUGCCGUAUUUCCCGUUUUACUACCACAUCCCUCCUACUGCUACGUCCAGCUCUCCGGCUACACAUGCCCACUCGCCCAUGAGCUCUGUCUUGCUAGGCAGAGUCGGCGCGGCUCUGGUUUGGUUGCUCCUGAUUUGAAGAAGCGAGCUAUGGGGGCAGAUCAAGCAAAUUGCAGGCGAGACAAUGUGCGCAGUUUCAGGGUAAGUUGUUUAGAGAAUUGCCCUUCUUCCAUGGGCUCAGGAUCAUCAUCAUCAUCAAUCACAAAGAUGGGCAGGAGCAGAGUGACACAGAGAAGCCAUUGAAUAGUGACUCGUUCCCAGCAAUUACUUUCUUCUCUGUAUUCUCUCUUUCCAUAACAUCGACGUGUGGAGUGAUGAUGUGCAAUUUGGACAUUGAAUUGUACCUAUCUUUGUUUGGUUCC